AUGGUUUCAAGGCUCGACUCGCUUAAAAGCAGAUCAGCCUCGACUACCCCGGACUCUGAGUUGCAGUUGGAGGUUUUACUAAUCCACGUGGCAGAGAGUUCUCGAGGCCUAGACAAAAAGCAAUCAGGUAACAACUACACUUCCAGAGUCAAGGUCAGCCAAAAAUACAGCAUCAUUGGCUUCAUUAGUUCCGGCACAUAUGGACGCGUCUACAAGGCCAUGGAGAGGAAUCCCCGGAGUGGUACGUCGACUCCAGACGGGGCAGCACCUACCAAGGAGCUGUUCGCCAUCAAGAAAUUCAAACCAGAAAAAGAAGGCGACAACGUUCAAUAUACGGGAUUAUCACAAUCGGCAAUUCGUGAAAUGUCAUUAUGUACCGAAUUAUCGCACCCGAAUCUGAUACACCUCGCUGAGAUAAUUCUCGAAGACAAAUGUGUUUAUAUGGUGUUCGAGUAUUGCGAACACGACUUGCUGCAAAUAAUUCACCACCACACUCAGCCAACCCGACGCCCUAUCCCGGCGACAAUGAUCAAGUCCAUCCUGUUUCAGUUGCUGAACGGCCUGUACUAUCUUCAUCAGAAUUGGGUCAUCCACCGCGACCUGAAACCUGCAAACAUUAUGGUCACCAGCUCCGGCCAUGUCCGGAUCGGUGAUCUAGGCCUAGCUCGCCUGUUCCACAAGCCCCUGUCAUCGCUUUACUCAGGCGACAAAGUGGUUGUGACUAUAUGGUAUCGCAGCCCGGACCUGCUUUUAGGAGCACGACACUAUACUCCGGCGAUCGAUAUGUGGGCCGUUGGCUGCAUCUUUGCCGAACUCCUGAGCUUGAGGCCGAUUUUCAAAGGUGAAGAAACCAAGAUGGAUAGCAAAAAGACUGUCCCCUUCCAAAGAAAUCAGAUGGCCAAGAUUGUUGAAAUCCUGGGAAUGCCUCGCCGCGAGCACUGGAAAGGACUUGUAGACAUGCCAGAGUAUCCACAGCUGCAAUCACUUGUUGUUUCCAGAGGAGGAAUGCCAGGUAGCUUAUAUCAAUCGUCCCAAGGCAGCAUCAAUCGCCAAAGUAACGCCGGAAGUGGCCUGGAAAACUGGUAUACCAAUUGUUUGCGACAUGCUAGUUAUCCUUCAGACAAGUCCCCAGGCCAGAAAGGAUUUCAGCUCCUUUCCGAGCUUUUUGAGUAUGAUCCAGACAAGCGCUUGACCGCAGAACAGGCAUUGCACCACGAAUAUUUCAGGAGCACUGAUGAGGGACCAAACAAAGGCAAAAUCUGGGUCAGCAAUAACUGUUUUGAAGGACUCAACGAAGUAUACCCACACAGACGAGUGAGCACAGAGUCGAACGACAUAAACACAUCCAGUUUGCCCGGAACGAAGAGAGGAGGCUUGCCAGACGACACGCUCUUGCCAGCUGCGAAGAGGAGAUAG